AUGGAGUUUGGCCCUAGAAGGAUCGAAAAGCGGAAUCGGGCGCCCGUCUCGUGCGAACCAUGUCGAGCUCGAAAGCGAAACCAGGCAUCGUUGUGCCGCUAUGCGCCAAAUGCCAUUCGCAACAAGCCUCGGGCGCAAAAGCCUGGCAACAUUCAGGAGCGGCUGGAUAAUCUCGAGAUGAUGCUGUCUUCGAUAGCGUCGAAUCCCUCCGUUGCCGCGCUCGGGAUAGGUGUCAAGGCCGGCAAGCAAGCUGCGUCCAACACCGCCAGCAGAUCGUCAGCGGGUUGCUCUCAGCAUCGGGCAUCUGCCACGCCUCCACAGGCUCGCCAGGAGGAUCAUGUUUUACCGCCUGAACAGCCUCAUCGCCAUGAAUCUGGAAAUGGCCAAGUCAGCUACAUCGAGCCCAGCCACUGGAGGGCCAUUCUGGACGAGAUCAAGGAAGUCCGGGAGCAUCUGUCGGCGUUUGACCGGCCCCUGUUGCAAGAAGAGCCGGAGCGCAAGAGCUUUGUCCCGGAAGAAGGGGCCGAGUACCUCUUUGGCAGGUUUCCAGUCGUGGACAUGGAAGACGUGAUCAGCUCCGUUCCGGCGAGAUCGGUUUGCGAUGCUCUUGUCUCGCAGUAUUUCAACUCGAGGUACAUGGUUCUCGGCAUCUUGCACCCAACCAAGUUCCAGAAAGAGUAUGAAAAGUUCUGGGAAGCCCCCGUGAAAGCGCCUCCUCUAUGGGUUGCACUCCUCUUCUCCGUCCUCAGCCUCACAAUGGCUCUGCGCCAGAUGGCCGGUCCUUCGGAAGGCAGCGAUUCAAGUUCAACUAUCAGCAACUUACAACAGCGAACCGUGGAGUGCCUCGUCCUGGGACGCUUUGCCACCGCAAACGCAUACGCUCUCGAGGCCAUGAUGCUCCAUCUUCAGAGCUGCUACCUCACCCACAACAAGCUCACGUCAGACCACUGGUUCGAAAUGGGCACCUUGAUCCGCCUGGCCUUUCGAAUAGGCUAUCAUCGAGACCCGGACACGCUGCCUGGCAUCUCGAUAUUUGACGGGGAGAUGCGGCGUCGCGUUUGGCACAACAUAUUCCAGGUGGAUGCGCUAAUGUCUUUUCAGAUGGGCUUCCCCAGCAUGAUCCCGACCGAGUUCUGCGAUACAAAGGUGCCGAGGAACCUGCAAUUUUCCGAUCUCGAGAUAGGCAUGACCUCGCUACCCCCUGGGCGGCCGCUGUUCGAGAACACUCCGAUCCGAUAUCCGAUAGCAAAGUCGGGCAUCAUGUCAGUCUUCAAGAAAAUUGUUGCCCACUCGCAAUCUCUUUCGUUACCAACCUACGAAAAUACGAUCCUGCUCGACGGUGAAAUGAGGGAGACGUACAACGGCCUACCAGAGAUACUCAAAGGCAGAGAUAUGCUCUAUCUAAAGGGGCUCAUUGUUCUCCAUCGACGAUACAUAAACUACGACGUCGACAGCCGUCGAUUCGAGCACUCCAGACGAACAUGUGCCGAAGCAGCCCUCGACAUGUUGGCUCGCCACGCGGAUCUCCACCAAGCAGCUCAACCUGGAGGGCGGCUGUACGAUGACCGCUGGAUGAUCUCGUCACUGACAAUGCAUGAUUUCCUCCUGGCCGCCAUGGUGGUUUGCUUGGAUCUUUCCGUCCGUCUCCGACGCCCUUCGAGUAUCUUGUCGCCGGGGAAGGAUCAUGAUGUCCUAACCAGAAGAGAGUACCUUGCCCUCCAAACGUCACGAGCCAUCUGGGCUGCGAACAGCAUUUUAUCCCCAGAAGCAGGCCUUGCGGCUUCAGCGCUCGGAUUGAUGAUCCAGAAGGUU